AGUUGGCCGUGGACAGUGCCCUCAGUCGCAACAGGGUUGAGAGUCCUCCUCCUCAAUCUUAAUAUCAUCCAUCUGACCAUCAUCUUAUCCAGGAAAAAGGAAGGUUAACUUAAGCCAGGACACAACAUGGACAAUCCUGGAUAUGUGAUCGAUUGCGAACGAGAGUUUGCCAUUGUCGGUGGCGGACCGAUGGUGAAGACCAUGGAGAAGCCUCUCCCGCACAGUUUCGAGGAGGCCAUCACAUUGACCGGCGUGGGGCGCUUCCAUUACAAGUUGCUCCUCAUCUGUGGCCUGGUCUUCAUGGGCGUGAUGGUGGAGAUCAUGGGCGUCAGUCUGAUCAUGAACCAGAUGAAGUGUGACCUGCAACCGACGUUGGAUCAGCAGGGAAUCCUGGCCUCCGCUGGCUUCCUGGGCGUUGUCCUUAGCUCACAUGCCAUGGGAUUUCUGGCGGACACGUGGGGACGUGUUACCACGUUGCGCUAUGCUCUAUCCCUUGCCUCCAUUUGCUCAAUAGUUUCAGCAUUUUCGGUGAACAUUUGGAUGCUGAUUGUGUUCCGCUUCCUCACCGGCUUCUUUAUAUCCGGCGGCCAGGCUUGCGUCUUUAGUUUGUGUGGAGAGUUCCAUGGGAAUGGAUCGCGAGUGCGGCAUGUCACGUUGCUCUCUGGAUUCCUGUGUCUGGCCAUGGUGUUUGCUCCAGCCAUGGCCAUUGGCAUCCUGCCGCUUCGCAUCGAGACCAUUAUCCUGGGCAUGCGCUUCUCCUCCUGGCGUGUCCUGCUGCUGGCCAAUGUAUCCGUUUCCCUGCUGGCCCUGGUUGGUAUCUCAACGCUCCCGGAGACUCCGAAAUAUCUGCUGGUCCAGGGACGCGGCGAUGAGUCUAUGGAAAUACUGCGCACCAUUUUUUCCACAAACUCUGGCCGGGACCGGAGCGAAUAUCCGGUGCGAGAGGUGGCUCUGGAAAGCGGUGGCGCCAGUCUGACCGAUGUCCAUGGUGUACUCGAUGCUGUGCGUCUUGUGUGGCACCAGACAGUUCCACUCUUCUAUCGCUCCCGAUUGCGUCACACGCUGAACAUCUGUACGAUUCAGUUCCUCAUCUACUUCCUGGCCCAGGGCAUCUUCAUGUGGUUCCCCACAAUCCUGGACGAGCUGGGCACACGAAAUGGUGAGGAUACCCUACUCUGCGGUGUCCUGCAGGGCUUCGAUGUGGAUGCCAAUUCGGCGAAUGCGGAUUUGGGCUGCUCGGUGGAGGUGGACACGUCCACAUACCAGGUGAUGAUCAUCAUUGGCUCCUCGUUUGUUGCCAUCUAUCUGUUCUUUGCCUAUGUGAUCGACUAUACCGGCAAGAAGAAUCUGCUGAUGGCCUGGAUGAGUCUCACGCUGAUCUGUUUGGUGGGUCUGCACUAUGUGGAACAGUUUGCCCUGGUGGUAAUCGCUCUCACUGUGGUGAUGGCCAUUGGUAAUUGCGGCGGCCUGGUCAGCACCAUUGCCAUGGAAUUCUAUCCGACGCACAUCAAUGCGAUGGGCAUGUGCUUCAUUAUGAUGGUGGGUCGCUUGGGUGCAGUGGUGGGCAGUAAUCUCCUUGGCCGCCUGCUCUUUGCCAGCUGCGAGAAUGUCUUCUGGGCCAUGCUUGGCCUGGUGGCGCUACUCUGCGUCCUUGGUUACUUCCUGCCGGAGAAGGAGACCGCGUCCAAGGCCAAGGCGAGGGCGAAAGAGGAGAUGGCCAAGGAUGCUGCGUAGGCUGUAGGAUAUAGGUUUAGUCUAGAUCAUGCCGAUACAUAUUAUUUUUUUUCAACUUGAACUUUAUACAUUUUAUCCUUUAAAUAAUAUUUUGAUCGAACUUGAUGACGACUUCCUUAAUUAACUUAAAAUUAUAUUAAUUUGGUACAAUAACUGGUUUAAAUUAUCACUUUAAUUGGAUUAUGGAAUAUGGAUAUACCGAAAAUACCUCAUGGAAAGUGUUCCGAUAAAACUUAAAUAUAGCUCAUGUUUCAGUUACUCUGAAUAUCAGUUUAUAACAAAAUACUAU